AUGAAACAAAUAUUUUUUUUAUUUAAUUAUAAAUUAUUUUUAUCAUUAAUAUCAAUGACAAUAAUAAUUUCAGGUGUCAAAAGUGAAAAAAAAAUUCCUAAAUAUUUAGAAGAGUGUUACACUAACGAAACAUUAAGUGGAGCACGUUUGCCGAUGACGUUGAAUGUCCUGAUAGAUAUUUUCCGUAAAAUAGAGUUACAUAUAAAAAAUUCAGUAGAUUUGAGACUACUGGUGACUUCGAUGUUACACAGAUUCAAAUUUGAUGGCAUAGAACAGCACCAAGUGAAAAUUAGCCAAAUAGAAGGCAUUCUCCCGUUCAGCGGCACCGGGAGUCAACGAGUUAAAAAUGAACUUAUCAAUGAGUUCAUUCCUGGCAACCCGGAUUUUUUUCCUGUAGAAUCAUUGAGCUUAGUGGAACGAUGCACUCUACAUCGCGCUAUUUCGAAUACUAUUGCGGAUUAUGAUCAACCCGAGAGUAAAUUGUGUGUUGAUAGGCCUACUGAAAAAAUUUAUGCGAAACCAUUGGAAAGUAAAAAAUUGUGUCCAUUGGAGCAAGGAAUUAUUUUAACUGAAUUUGGUACAGUAGCACCGGGAACACUUAUAGCAGGAAUUGCUGCUGCUCUUCAAUACCAGACUAUUGCUGUAAAACUUUUAUAUGAUUCACUACCGAAUCCGUAUGAUUUCAACGAAGAUGAAGUGGAUUUCGUGAUACCAAGACAUGAAAUUCUGGUUAAUAAAUCUAUGUGGUUCAGUGAAUUGGCUGAGUUGGUUGUUUAUGAAGGUCCAAUAAAAGGUGAAAAAAUGUCAUUAGGCUCAAGUGGAUCUUGGGACAGUACAAUGAGACCAAUGUUAUUUUAUUUACUGAACAAAGAUGACAAUUAUGAAGUUACCAGAGCUGAAAUUGUCGGUGCUGUUGAUGGUUUCAUAAUAGCAAAUAGUUUGCGAACAUGGAUAAAAUAUUUCAACAAUUUACGACUCAGCCAAAUUUUCGAGAUUUAUUACUCAUCAAAAGGUGCAUUUUUCGACUCAAAUAUCGCAGCGUGCGAGCGUGGUAAAGUUUUCUGGUACCAUGCUUCUCGUAAAAUGUUAAACGAACAAACCUACGCAGUAUCACAAAUUUUGGCGUACAAAAAAAGUAUAUCCUACAUGACGAACGAGUCCCUAAAAACAAUGGUUAAUUAUGCAGUAUCCAAAUUCACGACUUAUGUAAACGAUCAUUUAUUCACAGAAUUACGUUGUCACAAAGAAAAAAAAUAUCCACGCGUCCAAGUUCUAGUAGCGUUUGACGGUUCUUGGUCUAGAGAGUACACUCAAGAUUUUCUAUCAGUACUAAUAGAAGACUUGAAUGUCUCCAUGUAUGGUUCAAAAAUAGGAAUUCUUAAUGGUGAAACCGGAAACUGGAUUUUAAAUACUACCGACAGCCCGUCGACGGCUCACGAAAAAAUUUCUACCCUCGAUUUAUCAACUUGGCCGAAUAAUUUUAACAUAUUCUCGGUAAUUAACAACGCGAAUAAUUAUUUAACUAAAAUAUGGAGUCAAAAAGCUGCGAAUAAUGACAUAGGAAAUUUGGGACAAGUGAUUUUACUUCUGGCACCAAGGACGGUUGUAAAAGAAGGUGAAAGGCAGGACAUAAAAUCCUCUGUGGUAAAUUUAAAAUCCAACCAUCCGGAUGUCAAUAUUGUUUACUUUGUGUCGAAAAAAAACGCGGCAAGCUUCAGAGAACUUUUGACUAGUCCUGAAGAUUAUUUAAUUGACUCCCGGAUUGAUGAGAUUGCCAGCUACGUAUCUACGAUUCCGCGAAGCCUGAGGCUGAAUUGCAGUGAAAAAAAUAGCAGCAAUUCUCAUAAACAAGUCGAAGAUUAUGUGAAGCCCCAGGAGUCGAUUGUUUACCGGCUAGACCCGCAGUGGAGGUGGAACACACAGAGAAUUUCUAUGACGAUUAUUUCGGUGGGGUACGGGAGCUUUGAAGUUUGCUGGUGGAUACAGUUUGACGGAAAUGUAAUAAAAAAUAGAUAUAAUUGCCGGGAACUUUCGGGACAUUCCGAAUUUAUUAUUAAUGAUACUCAAGAUUGUAAAAAUAAAAUUGCUAAUUGCCCGGGAAUUUAUUAUCAAAUUCGUGGAUUUAAUUCUUUAAAAAAAUGCGCAGAAAUUGAGUGCAGAACACCAGAAUAUAUCAGAUAUUUAUUACGGCUCAAUAUUCAAUGCUCACGUGCUUCGAUAUUGGAAAGUAAAAAUUUAUUUGUCUUCGUACUGCUAAUUCUUGGAAUGGAUUAUUUGUCGUGUUGGGAUUAA